CCUUACUGCAAGUCGGUGCGCAUGCGUCAUUCUGCCCCCGUGGAGCUCUUCAGCCUGAACAUUUUUCCUGUCUCCUUUUCUCCACGCGAGGGGGUGCGCGAACCCCCAGUCGUGGCUGCGUGGUCAGCACUUCUUCUGGUUUCUUGGCCCCCUCACGAUGGCGGGCAUCCUGUUUGAGGAUAUAUUCGAUGUGAAAGACAUUGACCCGGAGGGUAAAAAGUUUGACCGAGUAUCUCGACUGCAUUGUGAGAGUGAAUCUUUCAAGAUGGACCUCAUUUUAGAUGUAAACAUUCAAAUUUACCCUGUAGACUUGGGUGACAAGUUCCGAUUGGUUAUAGCUAGUACCUUGUAUGAAGAUGGUACCCUGGAUGAUGGUGAAUACAACCCCACAGAUGACAGGCCUUCCAGGGCUGACCAGUUUGAGUAUGUAAUGUAUGGGAAGGUGUACAGGAUUGAGGGGGAUGAAACGUCUACUGAAGCAGCAACACGCCUCUCUGCCUAUGUGUCCUACGGGGGCCUGCUCAUGAGGCUGCAGGGUGACGCCAACAACCUGCAUGGAUUUGAGGUGGAUUCCAGAGUUUAUCUGCUGAUGAAGAAAUUGGCCUUCUGAACCUCAAAGGAUGCCAGCCUGCUCUUGGUCACUCAGGUUGUGGACAUUGUUCAAACCUGAGUAGAAGUUGUUGUUGUUCACCUGUUAAGGAGGAACUGGUUUUCUGCCCACUGUUGGUGCAUCUUUAGCUAGUCUGAACUCAAUGGGAAACUGGCUUGCCUGUGAAAGACCCAAUGGGAAAGCUUGAAGUGAAUCAGGAGUUAUUUUGUGUAUAUAUGACUUUUUAAUUAAACUUUACUUUUUAAGA